AUGUCCGGCGCAUACUUCAAGAACGACGGCGUCGACCUCUUUUACGUCGUCGAGGGCACUGGAGCUCCCAUCCUCCUCCUCCACGGCUGGACCUGUGACCAUCUUGAUUGGAGCUGGCAACAACCGUUUCUCCAGUCUCUCGGAUUCCAAACCAUUGCAAUCGACCACCGUGGCCACGGCCGCUCCGGCGUUUUGCCCGGCGAUAAUUAUGGCCCCGAGAUUCUCGCCGAUGACGCCGCCGCGCUUCUCUCCCACCUUGGCGUCGAGAAGGCCAUCGUCAUGGGCCACAGCCUCGGAACCGUCGUGGCAUCAGCGCUGGCGGUGCGUCACCCAGAGAAGGUGAAGGCGCUCGUCCUUGUCGAUCCCGUCUACCAUCUCUUCUGGGAGGAGCUGGAGCCCUUCGUCGCCUUUAUGUGUCAGCCAAACUCGCCACAAAAUGCAGCCACCUUCUUCGACCAGGCCUUCUACACUGACUCCAGUCCGGCGUGGCUGAAAGCCUGGCACCGACACCGUACCCUGGGAAAUCCGCCGCACGUUGUCUCCGCCGUGAUGACGCAGCUCUAUGCGCAGGAGAACAGCAUCGGCCGCAAGGAAAAUUCUGUUAUGUACAAUAGGCGGCGGGCUUGCCCGCGCCUUGUCACCUGCAUGGAGCAAAUGAAGGCAGAUUUGGAGCAUGAGAUUGGUUUGAAUCCAGCGACAGAUAAAGUUGAACUUCUUCCGUCCGGGCACUGGCAUCACCAACAGGAUGCCGACGUUUUCAAUGCUGUGGUGAAAGGGUGGUUUCAGGCACAGGAUCUCCUUCCAAAGAUCAACAACUGA